AUGCAGGAGGAUCAACUGUCUCGGUUGGCAUGCGAUCGUUGCUAUCGGCGUAAGGCACGGUGUGACAAGGUUCUGCCCGCGUGCUCCACGUGCAUACAUGCUGGGACGGCGUGCUGUUAUAACGCGCGAGGGGGUUUGGGCCGUGGCGACAUCCCAGAGGCCCUUGGGCGUCGUCUGCGGCAGCUGGAGAACAAAAACCGCCUCUUGUCAAAACAGCUUCGCGAAGCACAAAAUGUCGCGAGAGCCGCUGGCGAGUCCGCUUCUGGCGAGGACUUGGACGCGGCUGCCGAGAUGAUGGAAAUACCGGACGAGAGCCACGACGGAGCAGAUAAAAGCGAGUCAGAGAACGACAACGAGGUCGCUAAGGAAGUCUACUCCCUCUCGCUGCACGCUGGCAGGCCUCGGCAGUACCUGGGCUCGGCCAGUGGUGCCAUCUUGGCAAACCUCUUCCCCCUUGGCGGCCGACCGAGACGCAUCGCUGGCGACAGCAACAACAACGACGACGAAGACGAAGACUAUUUUCGCCGAUUUGCCACGGCUGGCGUACAGAGGUACAGCAGUCCUGAGAUGGCCAAAAGCGUUUUGCCAGCCGAACCACUUGCACGGAGUCUUUUGGCAGCGUAUCUGUCGCAUGAUCACCUGGCCUUCCCGUAUCUCCAUCCAAAAAAGUUGAUCAACAACCUGACCUCGAUGUACGCAGAAGAAAAGUACUAUGAGUCUCAUCCAGUGGAGGCAUUUGCCCUCGACAUGAUCUUCGCCAUUGCGACCGUCCAAGUCCACAGAUUCUCCUGGCAAUCGCUGCCCGAUGCAGAGACGUACCAUGAGCGCGCGAUCUCGAAAUUGGGGGUUGUUCUAGAGUCCGGAGGCUUGGUUGCUUUGCAGACCAUCAUGCUUCUUUGCCAAUACAGGUUGUUGAGCGUAUCCUACAGCACUUCGGCGAGUCUGUGGCAUUUGCUGGGCAUGGCAACGAGACUAGGUAUUGAGCUAGGUCUCCAUCGAGAGGCUGUCUAUCGUCUCCCAGUUGGCCUAUCACCCGCUGAUGAGGAACACGUCAAGCAGGAACUCGGCAUCAAACGCCGUUGCUUCUGGUCUCUUUUUCAGAUGGACAGAAUCGUCAGCAACACCUUAGGUCGUCCCGUGUCGAUCAAUCUUCUCGAGAUCGACACAGAACAUCCAGAAGUCGAGGAAGACCGGGACGCUUCCUGGGGUCCGUCGCCAUCUCUAGAAGACUUGUUGCAGUAUCCACACUGGCCGGCGAAUACCAGAAUCUUCAAUCACAUCACCUGGCAUCGCAUCAUUACUGGCAAAAUUCUGUCAAACCUACAUAAUGUGCCCAAGAGUCGGAUGCCGGACCCCCAGACCUGCCUUGCCAUCAAGCAGCAGCUUGCCGAAGAAUUGGAUCAGUGGAGAGCUGGCGUUGCCUUAUUGCCCCUGGUCGAUGUCUCUGCAACGAAAGGCAAAGACAAAUCGAACUACAGGACACGGGAGUGGUACAACCUACUGUAUCACAAUUGCAUUCUGAUGUUACAUCGCCCCAUCCAUUCCUUACAGGACAUCCCGCAAACAUCGGAAAUUCUGACCCAGAUUUAUUACUCUUCCCAACAAUCCAUCUCCUCAUACGCAGAGCUCCACAAAGCUCGUAAGAUUAACUAUGCCUGGGUCACCUUACAUGCCGUCUUCCUCGUAGGACUCUCAUACGUGUACGCGCUGCGGACUCAUUUCCGGAACAGACGACGUCAAAUGGAGGGGCCGGUGGACGGGUUGCCUCCGCCUCCUCAAGCGCUACUAACCCCGGAGCCGAGUAUCAGUCAGAUUGUGAGUGACAUGAGGGCAUGCUCGACGGUGUUGGUUGCCAUCUCGGAACGCUGGAACACAGGCAGAGGUUGCCACGAAAUCUUUGCCAGGCUUUCAGACGCCGUGCUGACCGAUGCCUCCGAGUAUUUUAUGGGCACGAAAAUACAGAGCAUGUCCUCGUCAAACCAGGAGGGAGGACAGGACAGACAUCCCCUGGCUGGCGAGCAAGUCUCUCAGCAGGCUCUGUGGCCUAUCGGCAGCAAUGACUUCGACCACAGCUAUCAAGAUUACUUUGGAGGGUUUCCGGAGCUUUUUGGUGACCAUUUCGACGACAACAUCUUGCUCCAACAGCCUUUUGGCUGGAACUUUGAGUCAUAG